UGAAAACACACGUCAAAAGAAUAUAUUGUGCGUCGUCUGGAACAUGAUUCACAAACAUUGAAAAGUAAAAUCUUGAAAGAGUUGGUCAAGAUAAACGAGUGGCUUCUUUUUGUGUAAAAUUAUGGCAUGAGUAGCAGAUUAAUUCUGUCGCUACAGUUGGUAAAAAAUAUAUUUCACAGAGAAGGGAACUCAGCAACCGAGCUCAAGUGCUGUCAAAAGAGCUGUCAAAAAAAGUGUUUCGGACUCGGGCUCGGCUACCUUUGAUGACAAUGGCAACAAAAUUGGAAGCAACUUGGAAAGAAUGUACCAGUGACUUACCGAGAGCUGUGACAGAAUCAUGGUGGACAAAUAUAGUUGAAAAGUAUACCGAAGAGCCUCGGAAGUUCCACAAUCUACAACACUUGGAGGAUAAGAUGACUCACUUUGAAUCUGUCAAGAGCAUUCUUAAAAACCCAAAAGCAGUGGCUUUAGCCAUUAUCUUCAACUAUUAUGAAUAUGACCCAAAAUCAGUUGACUGUGAAACAAGAAACAUUGCCAUGUUUGAUAAGUUUGCAGAAGAUGCUGAAAUCCCAAAUGAAUCUCAAAUUCAUCAAGAAGUAGUUUCCUUGCUUCAAGCACAUGCUACUCAUAGCACUGAUGAACAUAAGACAGGGGGCAUGUUUGGGGCAGAAGAUCAUCACUAUUUUCUCGACAUAGAUAUGACUCCUCUGGGAGGAGAACCAGAAGACUAUGCUCUCUAUUCAUCAAAAGUGCAACAAGAGUAUGGUCCAAUGCCAGCCAACCAAUAUCGCACUUUUCGCCUCCGGGUGCUUGAAACUUUUCUCAUGAUACCUAACAUAUUUGCAACCAAAGAAUUUCGAGAGAAAUUUGAGGAACAGGCAAGGCUGAACAUUGCAAAGGAAGUUUCAAGCUUAAAGGCAUAAAUGUUUCAUUAUUAUAUUGCAAGUCACAAGUUAAGAUAUUUAGCUUUGCAGUGUGUACUGCUAGCCUUGCCAAGUAAUUUUCUCUUAUGUGUGAUGUUGGGAAAGUAUUUGUGGUCUUUCAAAGAUAUAUAUUAAAAGAAAAAAAUAUAUAUAUAGGCUCAAAUUUGCCAGGGACUAAAAAUUUAUUCGGAACAAAACUGAGUUCAAAGUAGUUGUUAGAUUAAAGACUUAUAAAUUAAUUCUGAUUUGACAGAAAAACAAUUUCAAUCAAAAGCCAAUCCAUGUCAAUUAAUUUCUUUCACUCACUUGCUUGGCACUUGCUGAAGCUAAAGUUAUCCUACCAGUGUGUACCAAUUUCAUUCACCUUUCUUAUGUUUUUUAUUGCAUUGAUCUGCUCGAAUGGCUAGCAAUAUUGAAAAGGUAAGUAUCGAAAUCAAUGAAAAUUUCAACUACUUGAGAACCUGUAUUAUUUAUUACAUUCCUGCAACAAAUUGACAAGUCUUUUAAUCUCAAUAAAUUUUAUUUAUUAAAAUUUUUAUCAGUAUUUCCAAUGCGCGUGUGUAAGACAGUGCUAUAACUAUCAUUUAUUUUGUGAUAUUGUGAUCUUUGUUUUUAAUUUUUAAUUGUUGAUUUAAUGUUCAUAUAUGAGAGUUCAUUUUCCUUUAUGUAUGUAGUUUCCAUUGGUGACUGGCUCAAGUCAUAUCCUUCUCUAGUCAUGUAGGUGAUAUUAGAUUUUUUUGAAGCAUAUUUCGUUUUGUGGUUUUAGCAUUUUUGUUUUACUGUUUGGUUGACACUUCCGUCCAUGCAGUUUGAAAAGCCCUCUUUGGUUUCCUUGUGUACUCUAUGUAUUUAAUACUCUCAUUUCCCCCCUAUCUUCAAUCAUUAAUUUUUUUUGAAACAUUUAACUUCUUACUAUUUCUUUCAGUUCAUUAUCAUGAACUAUGUAUUAUUUAAAGUCUCAAACCAUUGAAUAAUGGGUCAUCAAAUGCUGAAAAUUCUCAUUUUUUAAAAAACUCUACUUUGCAGUCACUAUUUCUUUGUAAGAUAUUGCAUUUCCGAAUGUAAACUCAUGCUUACUUUAAUGCUGUGUAUGUAUGACUGUGUAAAAUGUGUAUGGCUGUUUGUCUUGUCUGUGUGUCUGUCUGUCAAUAAAUGGAGGAGGUAAGAGUAAA